CUGAAGAGCUGGUUUACCUUAAACUUUUUCAAUGAAUUUGGUCUUUACAGGCUAGUAGCUACAUUAAUCACGGGGCUUAUCUGCAGUUUGCCAAAGCGUUAGGUUUUAAUUGUAGAAGGUUGCGCGUGCAAGACAAGGAAUUCCAUAAAUUAUAUCCCCGUUGAGAUGGGGUUGUUUGAUUAGAUUGUGACGACGGUAAUGCAGACAGGAAUUAGAAUUUGAACAUCGUAUCCGAGAGGACUUGUCUUAGCUUGGCACCUGAGGAAUGAUUUGAAUCCAAUCAAAAAGUCCGCGUUGAAUUCCCUGUGAUGCGUGUCUUUCAGCAGGUGUCAGAUUGGAGUUUUAGUUCAUUGUAGUGGCUCCAGCUAAGAACCACUCAGGCACUGAUACACCGAAGUGAUCAGGUUUUCCCUGAUCAGAAUCCUGCUUUGGAGAUGGAGGUGAUUCGUCGCUCCUCUGUGUUUGCAGCCGGGGUGAUGGAAGCCUUUGACCAUUCCCCGCCCGACAAAGAACUGGUGUCCCAGUCCAAGGCACUGUGUAGGGACUACAUACACUCGAGGCUCAACAUCUAUGGGCUGGGCUCGUCCAAAACUCAGGUGGACUCAACGCUUUGUGAGGUGUCUGCCGUGCUUCUCUGUCUCGGUGAUGAGCUGGAGUGCAUGCGGCCGAGUGUCUACCGGAACGUGGCGAGACAGCUCAACAUCUCAGUGGCCAUGGAGACCACGGUAUCCGAUGCCUUUGUUGCCGUGGCAACAGAGAUCUUUUCUGCAGGCAUCACAUGGGGUAAGGUAGUAUCUAUGUAUGCCGUGGCCGGCGCUCUGGCGGUGGACUGUGUACGUCAGAACCAGCCUGCUACGGUCCAAACCAUAGUGGACAGUCUGGGUCAGUUUGUCCGUAAGAACCUGGCCCCUUGGCUGAAGAAACGUGGAGGAUGGACCGACAUUAAGAAAUGUGUGGUGAAGUUAGAUGCCGUUCCUCAGACCCAUUGGCUGUCUCCCGUUGCCGAAUCCUGCAAGCACUUUCUGUCAACACUGUACGUCUACAUUAUGAAGGAGCCGUGAAGGAAUUGGGAGAGGAACUGUGGUUGAAAGGCCAAGAGCUUCAAGUCCUUGCAUUUGAAGGCUCUGUGCUUCAGAUGAACGAGACAGCAGACAUCCUCUAUCUUUUUGACCGAACACAUUUUGUUAAGAUUGGUGAUGGCCAUCUAAACAGUGACUCUCCUUCGUGCAGAGUCACAGUAUCACAUUUUGUUAAGAUUGGUGAUGGCCAUCUAAACAGUGACUCUCCUUCGUGCAGA